GCAAGUAUCUCACUAAUUGCAUUUUACUUAUUUAUGAAGCUUUGCUGCAUUACAGAAUGAAUGGUUGCACAAGCUCUAAAUUGAUGCUGAAGGUCCUCUAACUUAGGAUUUCCCAAGGGAAGGAGGGUAAUGGGACUUGGAGAAUAUAUUACCUCAGUUUUCAUAUUGUUCAUAGCCAGUGCUGAUCCAAUCCACUACUUUAACUAAUUACUGAAUGGAUCUAGAUGGCUGGAUAGCUGGCUGCUUACUUUCUGAUUUAUGAAAGCGAUAUUGAUUUGACUGUGAUCCAGGUGGAUGUUAUUGUUAAACAGGUGCUUUUAACUGCAUCAGUGCUGUGUGGAAGGGAAGAGGCCUACUUUGUGGGGAGGAAGGAUAUCGGGAGAGGUAGAAGUUGCUGAUAGGAAAGACUUGUGAUCAGGGUAGUAAAGUGGCUUGAUAUUUCGAUACAAUCCCCAGAUCGAGGUGGUGCCGCUGCUGUCAUCCAAUGAAAAGGCCCACAUUUUGAGGGGUUAAAAUAGUCUCCUAUUGUCACUGAGUCAUUGCUUGGAGGUUCUAUUAUUUACAUAGGCGCAAUUGAAUAGGGGCUUGGAAGCGGAACUCUAGUUGUAUGGGGUGGUUAUAUCAAUAAUUGCUCAGUCCCAAUGCUAUCCAUCCAUUUGGUCAGCAGGUCCCAUUGUUGACCCAGGACUUAUUUAGUGUGUAUUUGUCAAGCAUUAGCAUUAAUUGAUCCCCUGCCAGUUUGUUGGACAGAGUGAAGUGCGCUAUUUUUACUUGGCACUCACACAUCAUCUACACUAGUGCUUGUCAAGUCAGGAGGAGGAGAUUAGUUGGAGAAGAGUCAGUUUGCCUGGGAACCUCAUUCUGCGCUGUUCUCACUAUAGGACAAGGUUGCCGGUGAGAAACUCUCAUAUUGUACACAUUGUACAUUAUCAUUACUACGACAACGGACAAUCUGAGCUCACGUGGGGAAAUACAUAGAGACUUUUUUUGUGACACCACCCUGGUCAGUCAAAUUUAAAGGUCUCCAUGCUUCUGUCAUUCUCGAAGGUCAGUCCUCCACCGUCUGCAUACUAUGGUUUAUCACCUAUUCAGACCCCGCAGGUGCCUGUUACACUUCCCAUCCCAGCACAGCAGCCUCUGUAUGUGCAGGGCAUGAAGCGUGGAUCUGAUGAGCUUUUAGGUCACUCACAACUCCCUAUGGUUACAAACGGAGCCUCUCCUCUCACAGUCAUGGAUGCAAACAAUGAUGCAAAAAAGGUUAAAUUGGAUCAGAGCCAGGUGGGUCCCCCUUCCAAAGUGGUCCACAUUCGCAGCAUUCCCACCGAUGCCUCGGAAGCAGAAGUGGUGGCCCUUGGUCUGCCAUUUGGCAAAGUAACAAAUGUCUUGGUCAUGAAGAAAAAGAAUCAGGCAUUCCUGGAGUUUGGUGACGAGAAUCAGGCCUCCACCAUGGUCAGCUAUCACACAGAGGUCCCUGCUAACAUCAGGGGCCGGACAGCCUAUGUACAGUUCUCAACCCACAAAGAACUCAAGACAGAAGUCGUGAAUCCUGCAGCCCAGGCAGCAUUACAGGCGGCAGACAGUGUCCAGGGGGAGGGACAGAAGACAGUUCUGAGGGUCAUUGUAGAAAAUAUGAUCUACCCAGUUACAAUAGAAGUUCUCUACCAGAUCUUUACAAAAUUUGGAACUGUUUUAAAGAUCAUCACAUUUACAAAAAACAAUUCAUUCCAGGCCUUAAUACAGAUGGCAGAUCCAGUAGCUGCACAAGCUGGCAAACUGUCACUUGAUGGGCAGAAUAUCUAUACAGGGUGCAACUCUCUGCGCAUAGACUUCUCCAAGCUGUCCAGCCUUAAUGUCAAGUAUAAUAAUGAAAAGAGCAGAGAUUACACCAACCCCAGUCUCCCAACCGGGGAUUCCAUUGCACACCAUCAUCCCAUGGAUCAUGGAGCAGCCGCCUUUGCUCUGGGUACCCCAAGUGUUCUGGCAUCACCAUUUGCGACAGCUGUACCUGGUUUCGGAGCCACUCAACUAACAGCGUACGGUGCCGCUCACCCUGCGGGAGGUACGCAGCUUGAUGGUCUAUACCACACUAACCCAUUUACAGCACAAAUGAGGGGAUUGCCAGCUGGUGGAGCUGGUGGUGGGUCACCUCUGGCGGGGUUCCCUGGUAUGCAGCCAUCUCCUGGAGCAACAAGUAUGGGUCUGGCAGGCUUACAGUUGGGCGGGAUGACCACGGGACCUGUGGUCCUGGUAUCCAAUCUGAGUGAGGAGAUGGUUACGCCAGAUGCUCUGUUUACCCUAUUUGGGGUAUACGGUGAUGUACACCGUGUGAAGAUCCUAUUCAACAAGAAAGACAAUGCACUCAUUCAGUUCGCUGAACCAAAACAGGCAGCCUUAGCAAUUCAAUACUUGGACAAGGUGAAGGUUUGGGACAAGCAGAUCCGGGUGGCUCCAUCCAAACAUCCAGUUGUGCAGAUGCCUAAAGAUGGACAAACAGAUGGUGGUCAACUGACAAAAGAUUACACAAACUCUCCAUUGCACAGAUUCAAGAAGAAAGGAUCCAAGAAUUACCAGAAUAUCUAUCCCCCUUCUGCCACUCUCCAUCUGUCCAACAUUCCACCCACUGCCACAGAAGAAGAGCUGAAAGAAGCUUUUGGGAAACAUGGCGUAGUGAAAAAUUUUAAAUUUUUCCCCAAAGACAGAAAGAUGGCUUUGAUUGAAAUGUCCCAAGUUGAGGAGGCAGUCUUAGGGUUGAUGGGCAUGCACAACUACCAGCUGAGUGACUCUAGUCACCUACGAGUCUCCUUCUCCAAGUCAACCAUUUGAUCUCUGGGAAGUACUCUCGCAUUAUAGCAGUGGAACCAAGGGAACAAAUUCUUUAAGGGACUUCAGUUUAAAUUUAUAUAUAUAUAUAUAUUAAAGAGAAGUAUAUGAUAUUGUAUACAAAAUAAACAAUGCCUACAGAGAGUAGGCUCUCUACCAGGAUGCAUCUUAUAUUUGUCUUGAGAAAAGAAAAAAACCAAGACUUAUUUAAUUGGAUGCAGAACUUAUAACAGCCUCAACUUUUCACAGCUAUUUUCUUUGAAGUGCAAUCUGUAUUGUAUUGUAUUGUAAUGUAUAGCUGUGAUUGUUUGCAUUUACACAAGGUUAAGCUGUUCUCAGAGCACUGUAACUUACAUUGGAUUUAAUCAGAUGGGAAAUAUGGGUGUUCUCCCAAAACUGGAUGGUCUCUCUGAGACCCAACUGAGAUGGGACAGGACAGGCUCAUCAAGGUUAUCUUUUUACACUUAAAGAAAUAUAUUUGGCAAUAGAUUAUUUUGUGUACUAAGAUAUCAAAUUAUAACAGUGGCUAAGGUAUUGUUUUUGAGAUGGGGUGGGGAAGGCUGUUACUGCAUAUAUAGCUGUGGCAAGUUGAGCCUCUAUGAUGAAGUACUUUGUAAUAUUAUCAGGUGAGAAAUUAUUUUCCUAGCUUUUUAUAAUCUAGUUAAUCCUAUGGUAAAAUAGUACCAAAAGAAUUUGUGCAAGUAGUAUAUAGAUACAAGGUAUAUGUAGCCUUUUAUAAUUCCUAUUUUUGCAUUUUUGGGUGUUUAAUUCUUGUUAUUACAAUACUAUUAUUAUGAUGUAUACUGGGGCAGGUUGGGAGGUCAGAGUUUCAGCAGCAGGGAGGGUAUAUGUAUCAUAUAUUUUUGCAUUUGAAGUAACUGUUAUUUGGUAAGGUAACCUAACUCAAGUGUUUUAUUAGUAACCAGAUUGGUGUAAAAGUCUAGCUAAAGGUCAACCAAGCUCAGUCGUGUAUACCACAUGGGUAUGUGGGGAUGUUUGUCUUGCAGACGGUUCUCUAGGGAAGUGGGAGACUGGGUAUGACAACAAAAGGCAGACUACAGAUUCAGAUGCUUUACGUUUAAUGUUGGAAUUAAGAUUGACCAUUGAUGAUACCCCCUUCCUUGCGCCUUGAACCAAAUGGACAGCACAAGGUUGAUUGGCUUCAGACAAUCAAAGCUGAUAUCUCAGUGGUUAGAUUCAAGUCCUUUGGGGUCUGCAUCAGCCAAUCCUGAUUCCCGGUGUAAUUCUUUCAAGGUUCUGAGACAAGUAUCAUUGAAUUACUCGUUUCUAUGGCAUUCCAAUUUUUGUAGCGUUUGGCUCUAGCUACUUUUAUAUUAUAUAAACCUAUAUCUAGAUGGAGGGUGAUCUGUUGUAAUAUUAGUGAACCCAAGUGGUUAUUUCUGACUCUCUGCACAAGUUUUGAACUUUGAACUCUAAUGUCUCAGGAAGGAGCGAAUCCUGACCCAUUUCCAGCAGAGGCGCUGUAAAUAAUAUGUAUUUUUCUUGAUAUUAAUGUAUCUUGUAGAUUUUUUUUCUCAUUUAAUGGUUCCAAUAUGUUUAUUCAGCACAAAGCUUUACCAGGGUUGGGGGUGCCUUGAUCAGUGAUGUACUUUUCGACUGUCUGCAGUCCACUAGUGCUGGUUAUGAUAGAGUUGGCAUGUGUUCCAAAUUCUCAAACCAUCAACAGUCAUUCCUUAAAGAUUACUUUCAGUUACUAUUGGAACUUCUUGAGAAUUCUGUUGAAGGACCAUUUUGGCUUUUGUUUGACCAUGUUUGAAGUAAAUUUCCAAUAAAUCAUCACAAAUUAAGUGACCUUGUUAGCAGAACAGCACAUGGUAGACUGCCCUCUUUCCACCAAAUUUCGGCCUACAGUGGAAUUUUAGAGGACACGGACGAUAUGUACAAUAGCUGAUGACUUUUUCAGUGUAGAGCACUUAAGCGUUUAGUUGUGUAGGUGUCAGAUUUGCAGAGGUCAUGACCCCAUCUGACCUCUAAUGGUCAUAUUAACAUAAAAGCAUGCUUGAAACUUCUGCAUUUAAAUUGUUUGGGAGGCUAUUUUAGUACAAUUUGAUUUUAGAAUUUUUAUUCAAAAUCCAAAUAGGCCUUUUAACAUUUUGAAAAAGGGAUCACAUUUUCCCUUGUUUAAUGUUUUUUUGCCUGGUUGGAUUGUAAUGUUUUUGGUUUCAUGAUCUCUGAAAAAUCCUACACACCUUCCAAAGGUUGCAUUUUCUCAAUUUUGUAUAUAAGAAUACUUGAAGUGAUGAACAAUUUUUCAGCAGCAUUUUCUUACUGGCCCUAGCUGAUAUUAUAAUUAUCUCAUGUUAAUGUAAUCCUAUAAAAGUUCUCUAAAAAUGCCCUAUUUUGUGAUUGCCCUCCAGGCCCAAGGAAAAGUCAAGUCCAUUUUUCUUUCACAUUCUUAGUUUUACACCAAAAGUGUAUGUGUUGACAUGUGAUUCUGUUUUGAGUACAAUCAUAUUUCAGGGGAAAAAACUUAGAAGUUUAGCGAUGCAAUUACUUAAACCCCCUAUUUGUGAUUACUGGUAUUACACCAAAGACUGGAAUGCAAGGUAUUUCUUGGAAGAUACUCAUAUUUGAAGGGGGUGUGGUAGCUCGUUUCCCAUUGGUCCAUUGCUAGACAUAAUGUUACCCAUCUUUAGAUUGGAUACUGGAAUUGUGUAUCUGUUAGGGAGAUGAGGUGUAGCAAAAGACAGCAAGAGGGCCCACAUGUGCCUCAAAAACAAGGGAACAAUUUCACACACAAAAGUUUUUGUAGCUUUUUUUAUCAACAUUUUUCUCAAUGUUUUAUUUAUUGAGAAAUUAUCAAAGCUGUUUUACUCCUUUUUUUGAGGAGCUCAGUUUUGAGAUGCAGAGCUAAAUUGUUAAGACAGGCGACACUCAAGUAUUUGAAGUUAUAUAUAUAUACAUAUUAAAUGUGAUAUCCCAACAAAGACCAGAGAGAUAAUCAUUUUGCGAAGUUUUUUUGUAAUAAAAAACAUUGAAAUUGGC